GAAUGACACUCGACUGCCAGUGGCGACCCAAGACGCAACGAAACUGGACCCAAAGCAUACCCGACCAAGCAGAACAUAAAGUGACACCCCCAGACUCGACUCAGCCGCUCUGACGAGUUCGAAAGCGAUUGCAGAAAUCAUAGUACCGGAAAAAAGUGAAAGUUUAUUUCUCACGUGUAAAAAUGUCGUCGGGAUUGACAAACCUCUUACAAUCCCUGCGAAUUGUGCCGCUGGGACUGGGCAAAGCUAGCAAGAAUGCUGUUGUUGUUGACACAGAAAAAACACUACUCAAGGUAGAAGAUCUACCAGAAAUCACGCUGGAGGAGGUGGCCCAACAUGACAGCUUCGAUGACUGCUGGAUUGUGAUCUACGAUCGGGUGUACGAUGUCACGCUGUUCCUGCGCGAUCAUCCUGGCGGUGACGAUGUGAUAAUGGAUCAUGCCGGACGCGAUGCCACCAUUGCAUUCCACGGCACUGGACAUUCUCGGGCUGCCAUUGAGCAAAUGCGUAAGUUCCUAAUUGGAGAGCUGCCUGAAGCGCAGCGCAUCUUUCGAACAAGCCACAACAACAGAGUGCUUUCCUUGGGCAUACCGGAAUAAUGUCAGCCGAUCCAUAGAUUACUUCCUCUUCGAUCCACUCGCAAUGCCGCCGUCCAUCUACGCACAUUCCUAUACACAUAUAUAUAUAUAUACAUAUAAUUCUUAAGAGUAUUCUAUUUCGUUCCUAAUGCUAAUCAGUUUCCAGUUUUCGCAAUCCGCAAAUUACUUUUGCUUUAUCAUCACAUGUCAUUCAGCGAAUUUAUGUAUACACUCGUAUUUAUAUAUUUUGUGUGUUUAUAUUGUUUUGUCAAGACUUGAAACGGAAUUAAGAUUAAAUUAUUGUAUUUAAAUAGUCA